AAGUGGUAACCACAGCAUCAGUCACGCCUUAUCUUCAGAAGAGAAGUUACAAAUCGCUUUAAAAAUCCAACACACACACACCCAUACAUACAUAUACACACGCAAAUAGAAAAAAGUGGCGCUAAAUCUCAAAACCUUUUGAACCACCCCGCCAAAAAUUCCCACAACCCUUUUAAAAUAAAAGAAGAGAAUUAUAGUAAUUGAUUAGAUUAUAUUUUGUUAAUUCUGGAAUUGACCGACCGCCGCCGCGAGAGCUGUUCCGUUGCAGAUUCACCCGGAAUGAUAUAGUGGCACGCCAGAUGUUUGAUGAAUUGCCUGAAUAGAUGUUUGCCCUCAGAAAUUAAAACACAAAGACGAAUUCAACAUGUACGGGAGAAAAGGGUAUCAGCUGGUUAAGGAUUUUGCGAGUGGAGAGAAGGGUCAGCUCAAACCUUUCAAUAGCAAGCUCUUUGAUGAGACAAUCGAAGAAAGCAGGCAGAAUCAACGUCUCAUCCAGUCUCUCAUGAGGAAAAUGGAACAAGAAGGGUUGGAUGUUCAGAACAAUAGAAACGCUGACUACUAUGGAGCACUCGUUCAUCACCUUUCUUUGAUCCGCAACAAGCGCUGCCUCAUGGCCUAUGUGCACAAUAGAGCCGACAUUGUGCGUGAUUUGGGGUGGAGAGUAGGACUUGAACUCCCACCUGAGAUCCAAGAGAAGCUCACCACACUCGAGAAGGAGUACUUCAAGAACCAUUCCGCUGCUAUCAAAUCCUACAUGGGGAAAGCAGGAAUCGAUUUGAAUGUCGAUAUGGUGCCUCCAAAGGAUCCGUACAUUAAGGUCAGAGUUGUGGGAGAUAUCGACGAUGGAAUUGUGAUGAGUGACAAGACAACAAAUUUCGCACGUCACUCUAUGCAUUUCCUCAAACGAACUGAUGCAGAACCCUACAUUGCUCGGGGGCAAAUGGAGGAGCUGACAGGUUGAUUGAUCUUAAUAGAAGCUUGGGUGGUGUCACAGAUUAAUCACACGGUAUUGGUUUGUGAACAAAAAGAGUGUAAGCUUACAUAGUCUUUUUCUUAUUUGUAUAAUUGUAAGACAGGAACAAUGAAACCUCAUACCCAAAAAAACUCAAUGUAAAAUCUAUUUUCUCUUUCAAAGUAACUUGAGUGAUGCAUUA